AUGGAGGCACUCGAGAUUCUGCGCUCCAUCGCGCCUAUCAGCUCCACAGAGGAAAUACUGGAGAUGGUAAAGAGCGCGAAGAACGCUCGUGAGGUGCGGAUGGUGCUCGAGAAAAUCGUCUACACGCACCACCUUUGCUUUGACCUGCUUAACGGCCACGGCUACCGUGUUGCAGUGCUGCAGACGCUGACAGCCGUCGCACCGCACGCAAGUUGCAUGCACGAGUGGUUCGACUGCGUCGCCCGCUUCAGGCGCCUGGGCUUCGUGCUUACUCGUACGUACGCAGCUGAGGGUUUCACAACGAUACGGCAGUGGUUGUCGCGCGAGUUCCUCCACCGUGGGCGGUCGCCUAGCCUCGUCACGGAGGGCACGACGCACAUCAAGGAGCUGAUGCAGUGGUGCCUCGAGGACAGACUUGUCUUUGACCACGUCCUCUACACCCGCAUUGUGUUUCUGCUAACGAUGGUCGUGAGCUACUUGGACCGGCAAAACUUGUACCGCGCCUCCUUCCCGGAAGAUUUCGCGAAGCGCGACGGUAUCGUGGUAGAGUGGGUCGUGACUAACGAGCGCUGCGUCGACUUUGAUGAGUGCGUACUGCAGUGCGACGCUUUGAUGGAAGAGCUGCUGGAGCAGAUGCGGCAGGACAUUCCGUCGCGCCCUCCAUUCAGCUUCAUGUACCGCCUCGCCGACUACUACUUCGCCACCGACAACGUGGAGAAGAUGAUCGCCGUGAUGGAGGAUGCGGAGAGCUAUGGCGUAAGUGUGGCGGAGAGCACAACGGCAAAACUGAUGCAGAUGGCAUGCGCCUUUAACUCUCCACAGGUGCCAGAGUUGCUGCUGCGGUGGCGGGUGCUACCCCCGCAGUGUGUACUGGCCACGCCGGACGUGAGCCGCCUCCUCUUCUUCUACAGUCGCGCCGGCGGCGGCCUGCCCUGCCCGCACUGCGGAGAGCCCUACAAUCAUCGUAACGUCAGCGUGUACUGUUGGCUGCAGACGCCGCCGCAUCAGCGGCAAUGUCCGGCGCUGCGCAAGGCGCGCGUGCAGAAGGGAGAGUUGGAGGAAUCACAGGAGCUGCCCCAGAACGCAGACUGGUCGACGCAGGCCUUUCGACUCUUCGAGCUUUCCCGUGCCCGUGCCAUUGAAUGGACUGCGGCGGAGUGGCGCGGCUUCCUGCUCUGCUGUAUCUUCUCCCCGCGCGCCAUGGAGGCCAAGGCGCUCAUGGACCAGCAUCUCGACGUGACUGCAAUGGACGACUUCCUGCGAGCCACCUACGUUCGACUGCUGCGCCACCACGCACCAGCAGAGGCGUGGCCUACCUUAAAGAAGUGGAAAGAGCUGCAGUGCAACAUGUCGCCCAUUGCGCUGCAGGAGGCGCUGAUGGCCACCGCGAUGGUGCCGGAUGCUGCCACGCGGCUGGAACACAUGAAAGCGGUGUGGCAGCUGCUUCUGGAGAAAGAUAGCUACGUCAUGCCCCUCACUCGCCGCUUCUACCAGCGACGAAUGGCAGAGCUGACAAAGGGCUACGCGUCACCCGUCGGUGGGGAUGGCAAGGCGUCGCAGGAUGACUUGGUGACUCAACAGGAGGAAGCACAGUUAAUGCGGACGGUUGUGGAGAUGCAGCCACGCCGCGUGUCGCUGCUUGACGUGAAGGACAGCGCUGCGGACUUCGUUGUCGGCACACGUCGCAAGAACGCCUAUCAGCCGAGUUAG